ACAAAAAAAAAAAAAGAAAAAACAAAGAAAAUAGAAAAUGAUUCCCUGAAAUCUAGAGAGAGAAAAAAUAGAGAAGAGGAGAGAGAAAUGUCUAUUUUGGCGGCCAGUUCUCAGAUUGUGUACCGAGAAGUUCACCACAGAGAUCCGCAGCAAAUUGCGAGCACUGGGAGUGGGAACUGCUGUUUCGUGAACACAAAUUGUGGGUCCCCAUUAUUCCAUCGGAGAAUUCAAGAUCGCCGGAGAGAGUUGAGGGCGGAGGCCGGAUUCUGGCCGGACUUGUCCCGCCCCGCGGCGGAGGAGAUGGCGCCCAUCCACGAUUCCGACCACCUCGAUCGGAUUUUGCUGCAGGCGCGGGACCAAUCUCAACCCGUACUUAUCGAUUGGAUGGCAACUUGGUGCAGGAAAUGCAUCUACUUGAAGCCUAAAUUGGAGAAACUUGCUGCUGAUUACGUAGCCAAAGCGAAAUUCUACUAUGUGGACGUGAAUAAGGUCCCUCAAUCUCUAGUGAAACGUGGAAACAUCUCUAAAAUGCCAACAAUUCAGCUUUGGAAGGAUGGAGAGAUGAAAGCAGAAGUAAUUGGAGGGCACAAGGCUUGGCUUGUGAUUGAAGAAGUUAGAGAAAUGAUCCAAAAGUUUGUUUCAUAAUUCAGUUUCAAAAGGAAUAUAGAGACAUUCUGUUGAUUAGCUCAUCCUUAAUUUCAACUUCCCUUAGUGCUAAUGGCUUCUAAAAAUCUUCAUUAUUUUCUAAUGUAUGCGGUUAUCUUUGUAAACUUUAAUGUACRUAUAUAAAACAUGUCAAUGUUGAUGAAAAUAUAAAAUAUGCAAAUAUUGAUGGACUA